UCUCUUGCAACGCGUUCGCGCAGAGCCACAUACAAUACAAUAAACCCAGCUGCCCGCACGCCGGCAUCAGCAUGCAUUCCUCUUCACUGCCCCACCUUCAGGGCGCUCCUCUGGGCGCCUUCGUCUUCUCUCACCACCGUCAUCAUCAUCAUCGUCGUUGUCAUAAUCUCAUCAUCACGCUCAUCCUCCUCCUGCCCGUGCUCUUGGCGGUGGGGACAUCUGCAGCUCGGGAGGGCUCCUCCCAGGCCGUGCGGGGCGUGAGUGUCCCCUUUGUGUUUGAUCCCAGGGCAAAGUGCGAGCCACCGUGUCGGCACUACGGGCUGUGCAUCCGCAACGACACCUGCUUCUGCGGCAAGGGAUACGAGGGCGAGCGCUGCCAGUUCGCACAAUGUUAUCCCAAGUGCAAGAAUGAAGGCGAGUGCCUUCGCCCGGGAAAGUGCCGAUGUCAGCCGGGAUUUGGUGGACGUUACUGCCACAAAGCGGUGUGCGAGGGGGGCUGCCUGAACGGAGGGCAGUGUGUGCCUGUCCACUCGAGUGUGAAGUGCUCCUGCGUGUCCGGAUGGGCUGGUCCACGAUGCCAAGAAGCCGUGUGCCCCCAGGGUUGCCUUAACAGAGGGAGCUGUGUUUCUCCGGGCAUCUGCAGCUGCCCUACAGGCUGGGAGGGUGGGGCAUGUCAUAUUGCUGUGUGCAGGAAACGUUGCCUGCAUGGAGGGAAAUGUGUGGCGCCAAACAUCUGUCGCUGUCGACCACAUUUCUCGGGCCUCCAGUGCGCCACAAGAAUCAAAUUGUGAUGCAAGCCUGGACACCCCCCUUCACUCCACGCGUCUGCACUCUAUCCAGCGUCCACAGAGUGCCAAUUGUAAUUUGGAGUGAUUCAAUCAAAUGCGAGUUCCAGGGUGCUCUAUUGACUGCAGUCAAUAGAGCACCCUGCUAAAGUCACCAUAGCAGAAAAGUCAAAGCGAUCAUUUUGGCCGUGGCAAUGUUUUCUGUUGAGUGCAGGUAACUUCGUGGUUUACUUAGAGUGCGGAAUUUACAUUCAGAAUUAAUAAUUACCUAAUUGGAAACAUUCCUUAAAAAAUAGGUGCAUUAUUUUAGAGUUGAAUCCCUAUCCCUCGCUAUACUUGGGAAAUGGGAUGAUCUAGAAGUUCACGGGAUGAGGAUGCAAAGGUUGGACUUGGUGGGUUGGAGGUAGAAGAUGCAUUUUUUAAUACCCUUGAAUUUCAAAGUACUUUAUGGGUGCAAAUUAAUUAUAGCCUAAAGCAUAGUUUCUCAAAAUCUAUGUUUACAAAUAAACGCUUGUGUAUUGUGUAUUUUUGUAAUUUGAAUUUUUAUGAGAAUAUCAGUAAUUAAAGCUUAAUAGCGAGUUAUAACUUCAUGCAUAUAUGUGCUUGCAUUUAACGCUGAAGGCUUGACUAUAAUAUGAUACAUUGUCAGCCAUGGUGGCACAGGCCUGUAAGUCAAGAGUCGGUGAUAGGUCAUGACGAUUUAUUAGACUCCAAAACUGGCUGGGCUGCCAGGUGACCAGCAGAUGGCAGCACAGAGAAUGGUUUUAUUAACCUAUCUGUGUGAUCCUUCCAGUGUUAGCUUUUGCUCUGGCUUUUCAGUUUCCUCACAUUAAAAACAUUACCUAUCGAAGCAUUGGGCACACGUCCCAAUGAUAAAAAAAAUUUAAUGAAACUUUCCCAUAUAACUUAACAUGCAACUGCACGCAUGCAUAGGGUAUAUACCAUUAUGCCGUGCUGUACAAACAUUGGGUGCAUUGGGAAAAAUACAUGUAGGACCAAUUAAAACAUGAAUUUUGAGAAAUAGCUGUUGAGGCAGUGAGAUACCAAGAUUGACAGAAGGCUUACAGCUGCUAUAAUGCAGACACAUGGGGUGAAAAUCUGAGAUGUAACUCCACUCGUUGAAACACUAUUCUUGAUGCAAAAUAAAGUGUCCUGUUAAUGAACGAAUGCUUGUGAACUGAGUAUUGGCUAAACAAACAUGAAUCACACAUUUCAUCGAGACGCAUAAUGAAUGUGCAAGAGAGCGAUAGUGCAUCACAGAUCAACGACACUCUCCUUACCCACAGCAUUGGAAAGAUAAUUUUAGAAAUCUCAAUUCCAGUGUAUAAUUGUAUAAAGCACACCGAUGCCCACCGUUUUAAUUAAUGUCUUCUCUGCAAGUUGGAAUAAUCACUCUGUUUGCCCUUGAUGGGAUUCUUUUGCCUGAAGUCUCAUAGCAUCAUUGCAACAAUAUAACUAUGACACCGCAACUCUGGCUGAGAUAAAUCCCAUCGUCAUUAAAUGGCUUAAUUGUGUUAAAAUAAGUCGAUAUGCAAGUGUUUUAAGCGACAACUUGGCACAUUACACGUUGUCACUCGACAACCACUGAUGAAACAUCGCCAAUACAGAUUUAGUACUUUGCAACUAAUGCCUGACUUAGUUCACGGGGCAAAAGCUAAUUCGGAUACAGUGCUGUUAAACAAUGUGUAGUAUACUGUAUAUUUAAAAUAUACCAUUCGAGUAGGAGCAUUUUUAUAUUAUUUGCUGUGUGGGAAAAGGAAAUACUUUGUUUUGUUAUUAAAGACGUUCAAGUAAAACGAAUCUGUUAACUUUCGAUUUAAUCUGUUAACCUUUAUCCACGGCGCCAAUGCUCUGUAUAUACCAGUUUCAAAACAACAUACCAAGACAUUCCAGAUUUGAUUAACUGAAAUUUAUAUAUAUAUAUUUCUGAAAUGAUUUCUUGAGCACACCAUGCCAGGGCAUGCUGCAACCAAUUAAUCUCACUCCACGAGUUUGGCACCGUGUCUGAGAAAUAAUAUGCACUGUGUUCACUUGUGCUGGAUGUGCCAGGAAAAACACGGCUGAUGAAUAGUCUGUGCCAAAAAUAACUUGCUGACUGUUACGUUUUG